AUGAGUGUAAACAGGGACUUAUCAAAAGUUAGUAGCGAUAUUGAAAUGAAAGAAGUAUAUAUGGAUGAUCAUAGAAAAGAGCUAAAAGCUACUAAUAAAAAAAAGCAUUAUUUGAAUAUAUUAACCUUCAUAUUAAUUGGUCUGAGUUCAUUAAAUGUAUGGAACACAGCCUUGGGAUUAAAUAUUAAUUUAAAAUAUAAUGCUUUUCAAAUGACAGGUUUAGUAUGUUCUUCUAUAGUAGCACUGUUCAUUGAUAUACCCAAAAAGUUCUUGCCAUAUUUUUUAGGAGCAUUAGCUAUAUUAUCAGCUGGUUUUCAAAUAUCACACCAAUUUUUAAGUGAAUCCCAAUUUAGUAUAUAUUGUUUGAUUACUUUUAUAAUCAUAGGAAUAAUGGCAGGGUUAGCACAAACGAUUGCUUUUAACAUUGGAUCAACUAUGAAAGAAAACAUGGGUGGGUACAUGUCGGCAGGAAUAGGUAUAUCAGGAGUCUUUAUUUUUGUGAUAAAUUUACUGCUUGAUCAGUUUGUAUCAACAGAAAAAAAAUAUGGAAUAAAUAGAGAAAAGUUAUUAUAUUUAUAUUUUAUUUGUGAAAUAUGUUUAAUCCUUGCAAUUAUACUUUGUGUUUUUAAUUUAGAAUUAACAAAAAUAAAAGUAAAAAAAGAUGAUGACAGUAUCUCUGAAAGAAGUUUAUCAUAUAUGGAAUUAUUCAAAGAUAGCUAUAAAGCUAUUAUAACUAUUUUCUUUGUAAAUUGGCUAACUUUACAAUUAUUUCCGGGAGUUGGUCAUAAAAAAUGGCAAGAAAGCCAUGACAUUUCUGAUAAUAAUGUUACUAUUAUAGUUGGAAUGUUUCAAGUAUUUGAUUUUAUUAGUAGAUAUCCACCUAACCUAUCUCACAUGAAAUAUAUGAAAUUUUUUACUUUUUCAUUAAAUAAAUUAUUAAUAGCUAAUAUUCUUCGUGUUAUAUUUGUACCUUGGUUUAUUUUAAAUGCUGCAGUUGAUAACUCUUUUUUUUCUAACACUGCUCAACAAUGUUUGUGUAUGGCCCUUUUUGCUUUUACAAAUGGUUGGUUUAACACCGUUCCAUUUUUAGUUUUUGUUCAAGAAUUAAAAAAAGCCAAAAAACCAAAAGAUAUUGAAACAAUUUCUACUUUUAUGGUUAUAGCUAUGUUUGUUGGCUUAUUUUCAGGUAUAUGGACUACUUAUAUUUAUGACUUGUUCCCAAUUGUAAAUUGA